UUUUUUUUUUUUUUCAGUACCACCAUCUUCUAAACGGCUUAUCGAGUAAUAUUCACCAAUCUCGUUUCCAACUCGUGAAAACGCAAAACCAAUGAAUUGCGUGAUUGAAGCUGGAAUGAAAAGAUUACUCGAGAAAAAUCCGUACCCCUGGGCUUCAGAACACGGGAUGUGUGAACCAAAUAGUAACAGAAGCACGACCAUUAAUUACUUCUCAGAAAGACGCGCGAUACUUUUCUUUCAUCGGGGAAAACUUUCCACAAAUACAUUAGGAAAGAUUUAAUGUACAACUACCUUUUUUAAGUAUAAAAACAAAGCGAAAGAAAAGAUUGCUUUCUUAGAGAUGUAAGAAGAUUUGGUUAGCCACAAAUGGAAAAUGCAAAUAGAAAGAAUGGUAAGAUUGGUUAAAGAAUGUAAAUUUAUUAGAAUUGGGGACAAGCCCCUCUCCCCAUAAAAUAAAAUCUUAUAGUAAACCGAAAAGCCUUGUAAUAAAUUUGAUGUAUCACGCGUAAA